GAUGAUUACAGCAAGUACAUCGUUCUGAACUUCUUCAGCAACCAUGGCAGAGGCAACACCAAAAAUCAAGAUUGUGCCAUAUGACGAUAAUCUGAAAUCUCCCAGAUGGCGGGUGCCGCUGCCAGACCUCUCCGCGGCGACAUACCAAAUUUUCGACGAGUCGCAUACGAUUGGAAAUGCUCUGCGCUGGAUGAUCAUGAAGAACCCGAAGGUGGAGUUUUGUGGAUAUAGCGUGCCUCAUCCUUCAGAAAACCACAUUCAGCUGCGAAUACAGAUGUAUGAUGGUCUUUCGUCCUUGAAUGCGCUCUUAGAAGCACUGACGAAUCUCGAUGAUGUAUGUGAAACCAUCGAGAACAAGUACCACGAAAGUCUUGCUACGAAUGACUAUGAGCGGUGGGAGGAGAAGAGCUAGGUAGAGCCCCUGCAAUUUUCUCGACGAGUACACUGUUGUUUGUUCGCUGUGCGCGCGGUAAUGCAGACUACUCACUUCUGAAGCCUGCAAUAUCACACGCAUUUUCUGUCGUCUAACAGAAUGAACGCCCACAAGUAACGGUUGACUGGGAAUGCACACACUGGAAGCAGAACCUGUUAUCAAGUAUGUGUCACUGAUCAACUGGCGGGGACGUUGACCUUGUCUAGAAGUUCGUGAGCAAGCCCCACAAAAGUCGUGAAUGCAGUUGGUGUUCAUGGGCGCUUAGUGAAUGUACUUUGCAGUGUGAGCUAUUGUGACGUAAAGCGGCUAUGCUCUGCGGGGAGCCCCUGCACAGCCGAAUAACAAACAGUGCAAACCGC